AUGUUUUAUGAAGAGAAUAUAGCUAAAUGGUUUUAUGAUUCAAGGAGGGGACCCAACUGGUACUGGCAAAGGGGUACUAGUAUAUGGGGCAAGAAAUUCAACGACGAGAUAAGAGAAUCUUUGAAGCACAAUGCAAGGGGAAAAUUAUCAAUGGCUAACAGUGGUCCAAAUACUAAUGGAAGUCAGUUCUUCAUAAGUUCUGCUAAACAGCCACAUUGGAAUAGACUAUAUACUGUGUUUGGAAGAGUGAUUCAUGGAUUUGAAGUUAUUGAUCUCAUGGAAAAGACUCUAACCGGGACAGGAGAUCGACCACUUGCAGAGAUAAGACUCAAUCGUUAUUAUCCACUUGCUGGUUAG